CAAAUGUCCACCUUGUAACCACCAGCGUGGGCCCAGCCCAACAACCUUCCGACCCAAAAAGCCCAACAACCAUAUACUCACCAGACGAGGGUAUUCUAGUAAUUUCACUCCCACUUUCCUCCGCUUUAUCCUCCUUCUGGCCUUCCGUCGAAGAGCAGAUUAGGGUUUCGAUUAGCCCUAAUCCUCCAUUUCGAAAUUAGGGUAUUGUUUUCUCUCUUCCCCCUGGGGUUGGGUUCUGGGAUUUCUUCGUCGUCAAUGGCGGGGGUGGAGGAGGCAUCUGGGGUUUGCAUCAACGAGGCGCUGACGGACGACGAGCUCCGGGCGGUUCUGGCGAAAUUGCAGAGCGACAAGGACAAGGAGGUCUUCGGGUUGGUUUGCAAGAGAUGGCUACAUUUGCAGAGCACCGAGAGGAAGAAGCUGUGCGCCAGGGCGGGGCCUCUCAUGCUUCGCAAGAUGGCUGCGAGGUUCUCGCGGUUGGUUGAGCUGGACCUGUCGCAGUCCAUUUCCCGAUCCUUUUACCCCGGCGUCACGGACUCCGAUCUCAAGGUUAUUGCAGAUGGGUUCGGUUGUUUGCGCGUGCUUGGCUUGCAGCAUUGCAGAGGUAUUACUGAUGUUGGACUCAUGGCAAUUGGACGUAAUCUUUCUCAUCUACAGUCUCUAGAUGUAUCCUAUUGCAGAAAGCUAACAGACAAGGGGUUGUCAGCAAUUGCUGAGAGCUGUUGUGACCUAAGAAGCCUGCAUCUUGCUGGCUGCAGGUCUGUUAAUGACAAAGUAUUAGAAGCUCUUUCCAAGAACUGUCACAAUCUGGAAGAGUUGGGCCUGCAAGGAUGCACCUACAUAACUGACUCAGGGCUUACAUUUCUUGUUAAGGGAUGUCAACGGAUGAAGUUCUUAGACAUCAAUAAAUGCAGCAAUAUUAGCGAUAUUGGGGUUUGCAGUGUUUCAAUAUCUUGUUCGUGUUCUCUCAAGACACUAAAGUUAUUAGAUUGCUACAAAGUUGGGGAUGAAUCGGUAUUGUCCUUGGCCCAAUUCUGUAAAAAUCUGGAGACUCUCAUCAUUGGUGGUUGCCGGGACAUUUCUGAUGAGUCAGUAAAAUCAUUGGCCAUUGCUGCUUGUAGUCACAGCCUGAAGAACCUGCGAAUGGACUGGUGUUUAAAUAUAUCUGACCUGUCAUUGAAUUGUAUCUUCUGUAAUUGUAGGAAUCUAGAGGCUCUUGAUAUUGGAUGCUGUGAGGAGGUGACAGAUGCUGCUUUUCAGGGACUAAACAAAGGUGGAAGUAAGUUGGGAUUGAAAGUUUUGAAGGUCAGCAACUGUCCGAAAAUAACAGUGGCAGGGAUAGGCUUGCUUUUGGACUCAUGCAACUCUCUAGAAUACCUUGAUGUGAGGUCAUGCCCGCAUGUUACAGAGGCAGGUUGUGAUCAAGCUGGAUUACAGUUUCCUGAAUGUUGUAAAGUGAAUUUUUUGGGUAGUUUAUCAGAGCCAGAUGUCCUAGUUUGAGAUAAGCUCUGCCUUUGGUACUUCAAUGGGUUGUGACAACAAAAGGUGAGGGCUUUUCCUGGCAUCAGUCUGCUGCUUCAGUCAUGCAUCUCAUGUAGUAUUUGGAUUUGAAGAAUAUUUGGUUUGUUAAUAUAUUUUUCCUUCAGAAAGUGUGUACAUUAUGCAUGUAAAUUUGGAUUUCUCUAGCAUGACUUUUUACUCUCACAGGGAAUGAUGUUAGAAUUUGGUUCUUAAUCUGAAUUCUUUUCUCUA